UGAGUGCGUACUGUUUGCGUGCGUUCACUCUUAUUGUCGCACGCACAACGGAUGCAGGUUGAAGGGAAUAGAGAGAGAAUUCCGUUCGGUAUCUCCGUGAAUAGUGAUCUGCGCACAUCGUCGAGGAUAGCGUCGCGGAAUAACGUGUCGAGUUUGCGAUCGCGCGGCCCGUAGGAAAAAAAAAAAGAAAGGAGGAAUCGCGUCGUUAGAGUAGACGCCGCUAUCGCCAUCAUUGGCGGCAGCGAAAAUCCGCCGACGAGUGGCACGUCUGUGUGAGAGCGGUUCUCCUUGGUAAGCGUGACGUAAUUGUAUUGAUCGCGCGCGCGGAGGAAGGGCCCCUCAGAGAGUCGCGCAUUCGCCAUCUUGGACGAAUUGUGGAGAAGUUUCUUGUGUCUCUGUGUAGGCGCGGCGCGAUCCGGUCAGAAGAGAUAAUCCGCGUCGAUCCGUGCGUUAAUCUAGUUUUAUUGGGAGUUAACCCUAUUGUGAAUUGAUAACCCAUUUGGACGGACCAAGACAAAGGGUUCGUUCUUUGGGUCUGAUUGGUACUAAAUGGUUGCGUGCAGACAGCAUGUCUACUCUGUCAGGGAUUGUGUCGAAGGGGGAGAAAGGAAAAUCCAAGUUUCAAUCACUAGAUAUCAAUAGUUUGUAUCGGGUGAGUAGGGGCGAAUCUUUGGAACCGCAUCAACAAAAAAAUACAUUACCGCGCAAACAUGGAAUGCAAAGUCUUGGAAAGGUGCCUUCGGCACGGCGUCCUCCUGCUAAUCUGCCCAGUUUAAAAAGCGAAACUAGUAGCAGUGAUCCAGCUGUCAGUCUUGUGCCAAGUGGAGGAAGUGGUUGGGCUACUACUAAGGAUUCGACGUCGUCGACCACUACUACUACUACAGUAGCAACUUCACCUGAUAAUACUGUUACUGUCUCUUCAACAGCACAAUGCGCAGCAGGAAACACUGUUUCAACAUCUCUCCACUCGCUACUACCGGGACAACAAAAUGUAUCACAAUCUCCUUUUUUGGAUCAAACAAACAACAAAUCAUCAUGGAGCGCAAUUAUGAGCAGAUCAGGAGAUGCAAUGGUUGGUUACGCGGGGCUCGUGGGGGGCGCGAAGGGGACAAGAGGUGCCCUUGGACUGAGUUUCCUCGCCCACCAGUCCCCGCAGUUCCAACACGAGUUUCCCAGUCUCAGCGGACAGCCUUCCGCCUCCGUCUCCACUCAGAGCCAGACUCAACAGUCCUCAACAUCCAAUGCGAUCUCAGUCGCAGUCCAUCACUCAUUACUGCAGCAACAGCCAUACUCCCACAACCACUCAGGUGGCACGCCGGGAAAUCAACAGCAAUCGAAUCGAGAGUUAAAUGCGCAAUAUGGUCCAGGGCCGAGUCUGCGUCCACAGACCGAAGGAAGUUGGAUUCAAGGCGGGAGUCGUACGGCAAGUGGCGCAGCGCCAGCAACAUCAGCUGGUCCCGGAAAUGGGAAUACUCCGGGGGGCCAGGGCCUCCCUUUAAAUAUACCUGUUUCAGGAGGACAUACCCAAGAGGGACCCGGUGGAGGGCGGCCGAACUUGGGCCAAUCGCCCAACAUGGGCGCGGCCCCGGCAGGCCAGCAUAAUUCCGUAAAUAACCAAGGUUCUGCGCCUUCUUCUGGUACCCAUCAAAUUGGGCCGAAUCUUCAUCAUUUUCGGGGUCUUAUUCCGCCAUUUAUGUAUAGAUCAAAUUUUCCUGGUGGAUUUCCUCCGCAAUUUUCAUCAAAUUCUGGAUCCAACAACCCCCGACCCAGAUUUAAUCAUCCCCUGGAUCGAUUUCCACCUCCUCAACGUGAGCGCGUAGUCGAGGAAGAGAUUCUGACUAGACCUAUUAUCAAGGAAGAAGAUCUUACUCGUAUGGAUGAUAUUUCACGUGAUGCAGGAUGGGCUGCGCACGAUGAUAUUGAUUAUAACCAAAAAUUGGCCUUUAGCGAUGAUGAACCUGAAUCAGAACCAUCGAAAAAUGACGAAAAAAAAGAGAUCAAGGAGAAAAAAGGCGAUAAUAAUGCCGCGGAGGAGAAGGAGAAAUCUCGAGACAAUCCUCGAGAUUCGAAGGAGCUUCGAGAUCCGUCACAUCGUCCUUGGACUCAACCUUCUAUGAAUCGCGAUUAUCGUGGAUCAAAUGGCGCGAAUGGUAAUGGUGGCUACAACAAUCAAUCGCAAUUGCACUCUGUACAUUCUUUAAGAGGUGUCGAAGACGACGAGACGUGGAACGAAAGACGUAGAAUCAAGGUUGAAGUUGCGUCCGUUGUCGAACGUGCACGAUUGCGCAAGGAAGAAGAAGAGAAACGUUUCCAAGAAUCGACAAAACAAGCGGCAGCUAAGAAAUUACAGGAUUUAGAGCAAAAGAUGAAAGAAAAACAGGCGAAGCACAAAGACGAGGAACGCACACAGUCGGGCGAGUCUAAAAGCUUGAUCAGCAUCCCACCUGUACCACUUCCUAUACCCGAAUGGGAAAGGGAGAAAGAGAAUAGAGAACGAGAGCGUGAAAGAUCUCGUACUUCGUCCGAAGGAAAGGAUGAGAAAAUUAUUGCUUCUGGACGCGAUAAUCUUGCAAGAGAAAGCCGAGAUCAAGGACUGGCGGACUUUCGUCAAAAUGAUCGACAGUCUUUCUUACGGCAACAGGAUACAGUGCGCAGCGAGCGCGAAAGGGAACGCGAGCGUGAUCGUGAUCAAAGAGACUCGCGAGAUCGCGAGCAACCAGCAUUUUCUCGACAUUUUCAAAAUAAUUUACCGCCCAGAUUUCAAAAGCAGCAGGCAGAGAGAAGCAGUGCGAAUUUCAAUCGAAUUUCACCCAAUGCAGAAAGACCUGCUUCACAAUCUGUUCCAUUCUCCCAACAAUAUGAUCCUAGCAGAUGGCUUCACAAUUACAACUCAUUGAUAGAUAGCAACAUGAAGCAGUCCAUGCCACCACAACGUCGGAACAGAACUGAUUCUGACGCAUCGGCACCAUUGGAUGAUGAACGACCCCCGUCUCGAGAUCAUCGCAGUGGUGGUGCGCCGCCGCCAUCCAGAGAGGAUCGUUAUCGACAUUCUUCGCAUCGGUCCUACGACAGUCGCAAACCGGGCGGUUAUUAUGAUGAAUAUAACCGUAAUUUCAGAGAUUAUGAGUAUGAUGAGAGACAUCCACGUGAUUCUUGGGAACGUGAAAGACAUUUUGAUGAUAAGGAACGAGAUCCAAAGGAAAAUUUGGACUCGAGAGAUAAUCGAGACAAUCGUGACGGUAAAGAUUCUCGUCCUACCAGCCGUGACGCUCGAGACAUCAGAGAUAUACGCGAUCGAGAUAAAGAGAAGAAGGAUUACGAUAGUUAUUCCAAGGAUUCUUUUGAUGAGCGAGAACAAAGGGAGCGUUCCGAAAGUUCGGAGUGGCGUGAAGAACGUAACGCGGGACAAGACAGACAACUCGAAAGUCGCCGCGACGCACCAAAGGAAGAGCGCAGCGAACGCCCGCAGAGACCGGAUUCACGCGAUAGUCGCGCUUCCAGAGAAUCGAAAACAUCUUUACGCGAUGACGAACUGCAUAAAUUACGCGAUUGUAAUUCCUGGGUGAACGAAGUAUCAGAUUAUGAGGAAAAGAAACGAGACUUGUUAUAUCACGAAGAAGUUAGGGAAAGAGAAAGAGAUAGAGAGAGAAGGCAACCGCCUGGUCCAGUUACGAAAGAAAAGAUUGAAGCGGACGAAUUGAAGAAUGAAAAGCGCAGUUUGACUCAAUUGAAGAGAGGCAGUUCUGAUCUUCAAGAAAAAAAAGAUCAACCGAAGGAAAAUUCUACCGAAAUAAAAAAAGAUACGGAUGUGUGGAAUAGAAAAACAGAGCGCGCUUCGGAAAGCAGACAAAUUGAGCGAGGUGAUAAUUCACCAAAGGCGUGGGUCGACGCGAUAUCGCCAACUUUUGAGAAGGAGGAGGAAAAAAUAGCAGAGACUGCUAAAGAAGGCAAAGAAAAUGAUGAAAUUAAGCAAAGUUUAUUGGAUAAACCAACUUUGGAAAAGAGAGAGGAGGCUAUUAUUGAAGAUGUUAAAGAACAAGUAAAAGAUGAGAAGCGAGAGAAGAAUACACGUAAUAGAACAAGCAGCGGUAGCUCUAGUUCCAGAGUUCGUGAAUCUCGCGGUGGACGUCAGUGGGGCGGAACUUUCAGUGUUUUUACUCGUUGGCGUGGUCCGGAAUCUAGAGGACGAAGAGGCGGGCCACGACCUGCUGCUGGAAAGUCUGGUAUGUCUGCCAAGAGCGGUUCCUAUGGGCAUACCGAUUCCGAAAAUAGUGCUGAUGAAGUAUCCGGCUCCACUGAGUCUGGAAAGGAGGAUAAGCGAUCCGCUCGUUCUCCGAAGCCGUCCCAGAAAGUCGAGAAAGAGGAACGCAAUCGCGAAGUGUCAAGACGAGACGAUAAGCGAGGCACUGAGACAUAUUCUCAAGCACGCAAUGAGAAGAGAGGGUACGACGGAAAACCUAGCCAUGAGGCUUUUGCACCAUCAGGCGAACCGUCCCGUCGGGGUAGAGGUGGUGGUUUUCGCAUUCGGAAUACAGCAACAGGCAACCGCAUGGAAGGUUAUGGACCGCCGUCCAGCAAGAGUCCGUUUUCAGAACGUAAUGCGGACGAAAAACAUCAACAACAGAAUGCCGGGCGGCAAAAUCCAUCGACACCAACCUCAGAGAAAGAAGCAAACCUGUUGCAAUCCACGCCAGUCGAGUCCACCGAUGACAAGAUAAUAGCGAAGCAACAAGCGCUUACGGCGGGUAUUACAGGCAGACGUAAUAAAUCCCCGAGUCAACAAACUCAACAGUCCGCCAAUAAGCAAGAAACAAAUCAAAUCACUAACGUUUUGUCUCAAAAGGCGCAAAUACGAAAGGAAGACUCGCGUUCUAAGAGAACUCGCAGUGGAAGCAGAAGGGGGAGAGAUAACCGUGAAGCUCGUUCGCGUGGUAGUAGCAGCAAUGUGUCGAAGCAGCCCCAGUCGGAUGUAGGUAAUGAGGAUUGGGAAACUACGUCGGAAAAUAGUGAAGAGCAUAUAGAGGAUCAUAAGGAGUCUCGUAACAGUCGCAACAAGCAUUUUGGUGGACGAGCCAUUCAAGCUACAAGUCAGAAUGCUAUCGGCGCAAAUCCGCAUUCGCGUAGGAACGAACAAUCUGCGACGAAUGCCAGAGAGCAACGUGAGAAAAAUCCCAAGUCUUCCAAUCCAGCGUCGCGAGCCCCAGGAGCGGAGAAACGGAACCUGCAAAACGCCGGAUUCGGCGUUCAAAAAAAUCAUAACACCGAUGGCAUACCGCCCUUGAUGCAAAAUACGCAGAUACAAAAUGGCGGAAGAUCUAGAAGUCAGAGUUCGACUAACAGCGGCGCAAUCUCAAAUAAAUCGAAUAAUAAAGAUAGUAUGGUUAAUCGUAUCGAUGAAAUCAAAUUGGCCGAUCCGAACCUCGUGAAUCAAGCGCUGAAUGAUCUCAAUAAAAAAUCUCAAACGAAAGAUAAGAAGCUAAUGGAUUCAGAAAUGGAAACCAACAGUACCGAAGACACUGCGAAUGCGGCGGCGGAGGAUAAAGUAGACGCCGACGGUUUCCAGGAAGUACGUUCCAAGAAAAACGUGAAAGAAUCGAGACAUAAUCAGAAGGAGGAAGCAAAGCCGGUUAAGAGAGAAAAGGAGAAGGAUCGCGAUCGUGAACGCGAUCGCUCAAAGUCAAAAUCAAAUGGAUCGCAGCAAGUUUUGCAGCAACAAGUACAAAAUAUUCCGCCCUUACUCGGACAGAAUAUCCCUCAACCGGCGAACAUACCGCAGAAGCGGGAAUACGACAACAGAAAUUCCAGAAAUCCAAGAUUAGCUCCGCGUUUCCAACGUCUGGUGAAACAACACCAGCAACAGCAAAUGUGCGCAACCGAUGCGAGCGACAUGAAUAAGCUGAAUAGUUCUGGAAAUAAUUAUGCCAAAGACUCGUCUAACAAUCCUGCGCCACCACCGGCGGUCAAUGCUUGGGAUAAACCUUUCACUAGCCAAUUGCGUUCGAAUUCUCCAUCCGCGGUUCCUACGGAUAUUCAGCUAAUGUCGAGUUUAACAACUCAAAAUGAUCACAGUCAUGAAGGUAAUGAGGCUAAUUCCGGACAUAGUAGUCAACGAAAUUCCCCGAGUGGCGAGAAAGCAGUGAAAAAUUUGAAGGAGACUUUGACGGAGAAGAACGUUGUGUCUGAUGUGUCUUCGCCUCCCGUACAGACCUUGAUCUUUGAAAACACGAAUUAUUCAAAGACUACGAAGACGACCGGUCCGACGGAUCUGGCGGUGAAAUCAAAGUUCUCGAAUCACAUUAAAACGCAACAGCAGCGAGCUGACAAGCGUGCGGAAAUGGAAGAAGAGGGCAACAGUCAGGUGCAGCAACAUUCGCAGCAAUCAACACUUUCCGUCGCUUUCCCCAAUAAACCGAAUGAUUUGAUAAAGGAUAAGAAUCAGGAACCUAUCCAAAUGCCGUUGUCGUUCAACAAGAACGAGGACAAUGCCGACAUGAAGUUGGACUUCACGUUUGACUCAGAUCUUUCACAGCUGACGGAGGACAAGAGUAAAAGUUUAGGCAUGCCGCGUUCUAUGCAUAUGACCGGCGGCCAGAGCACGAUAUCGCCGUCGACCGCAGAGCUCAACUUGAAAAUCGCAUCCGUGAAGAAGGUUUGGGAAAACGCGCCACCAAUGCCGACUGUAGUCGAACACGAAGACGGUAGUGGUGUAGUCGGAAGCGCGACUAGCUUCCCGCAGGCAUUCGAAAGCGGCGAUGUUGAUGAUAGUUACAGCCCGCAUCAGCAAUACAAUCAAAACAAUAUGAAAAGCGAAAUCACGACAUCCACAAAUGUGUGCAAGCUGGUUCCCCCGCAGGUGAAGCCGCAGCAGCAAUCUUCGGGUAGCGGUACGCAACCAGGAUCCACUGUGCCUGGGCCGAGUCCCAUUGGAGCUGGUCAGAGUCCUAUCGGCCAUCCUCCCGUUAGUCUUCAAGGUCCUCUAAGCCCACCCCCAUUCAAUUCUACAGGCCAGCCCUCACACAUCAACUAUCAGGAGUUUCCGCAAUAUCCUGGUUCGCAAGCGGCGCAAUACGGCGGCAUGUCGGCCAUACCAUCGCCACCGGCGGUAUUAUUCAAUACAAGCUCGGGGCAAUUGCCGGCUCAAGCGGGCGGUUUAUACGGAGCAUUUCAAUUGGAUCAAAGCCGAUCGCCAUUUACGCAGUACACGCCGUACGCUCCGUCACUCCAAAACUCGUACAGCCAGCAAAACGUAUACCUGCAGCAACCGCCACCGCCGCCGCCUCACGCACCGAAUGCCCCUACACCGGAAAUGUAUCAAAACAAUUUAUCCCAAUACCGCAUCACUGCAGCAGCUGCUCCUCCGUUUGGACAGAAUCAACAACUUAGCAACAAUCCUAAUACGGUACUUAUCAGCUCAUCGUCAAAUUCUUUGAUGUCGGCAAGUGUCAAACCAUCGUCUCAACCAAUCGGAGCUAUCGGAACUAAAGCUCCGCAUUUCCAGACUCCAUCCGCUCCUCAACCUAAUCAGUUGACUUAUAUACCAUAUGAUCCAAAUCAAGUGCUUGGUGUAAGUGGCAGUUACUUGAAUAAUUCGCAAUUAGUACAGAGACCUGGCCCAAAUGUUCAAGCAUCUGCUAAUAGUUACUAUAGUGCCACAUCUGCCGAUGUAUUCCCUGGAUCACAAACGGGCUUUUAUCAAUCUGGCGGUGCUACUCAACAAACUGGAACUCAUUACGGUUUGCAAGGAUUUGGCCAGCAUAACCAAAGUCUGGCAACGGGUAAUGCAACUCCUGUCGGUCUACAAAAUUAUGGUCCCAGUUUUUUGUCUAGUUCAGGAUUGCAAAUAGCAGCGGCGGCUCAACAAUUUCGCAAUCCUACUGGUGGUUUACCAGGACCAGGAAAUGCGGCGCCUACAUUUCUUAGUAAACACCAACCACAGGAACAACCUAGACAAUUAAAGAGCCCGUCGGGAAAUCAACAAGAUGUACUUGCAUCAGUUUUUGGCUCGACUUCUCAAAUACCGUCACCUAAAUCGAGAAAUUGCAAACAACAAUCUUCAUCACAACAGCCACAACCAAGUCCUACACAGCAUCAUAAAUAUCAACAAUAUCAGGGCGUUAGCCAGUCUGCUCUGGUAAGCAGCUACAAUAACUACGUUUUGCAACAGAAUGUACGUGGAAUGGGUAUGCCGCCUCGUGCUGGUAUCCAACCAUCGCAACAACGUUAUCCGCCUCCAAUACAGCGACCUGUAGUACCAUUUGCACCAGGUCCAAAUCCGAAUAAUCCCACGCAGCAGCAGCCUGCUUGUAUGCCAACGCAACAGCAGCAACAAACUCAAAUUAAUCGUCAUAGACCAAAUUUACACCAGCAGCAGCAGCAACGUAACAUGAAGAUGCAACAGCAAUAUUACUCAUCGCAAGGAAACGUUAAGAUGGAUUCAAAUGACAAAGCUGAUAAUCAUAAUGACAAGAUGAAUGAUGGCCCCUCUGGAACACAGCCUGUAGGUAACAAAUCUAAUGUGAAUCAGCAAGAUAGUGAUAACAAUAAGGAGGAAGUGAAUCAGCAAAACGAGUGAAAUACGUGAAUAUUUACGUGAAGGUGAACAUACUUGCUCUUCCAUUUGUGUGGAAAAACAUCUUUCUUUGAUAUAAUUUCGUCGAAAAAAAUAAGGGCAAAGAUUGACGUGCUUUUUUAUAUCAUGAGAAAGGAGCACGCAGUGACACAAUGAAAUUCGUUUAUCUACGAAAUCACGUGCUUAUAUAAUCGACUAUAGCAGUUAAAUAGAUGAAUUAAAAAUCUGAUUUCUGUGCUAUAUCGAAAGAAGAAAACUUGUAGGAAAAUAACAUAAUUUAUACGCACCUCUAUCCGUUCUUUAGUUUUAACAACAUAAACUUUUCGUCUCUAUGUAUUCGAAAAGAUAAUUAUAUUAAGUAUUAAGUAUUUCCAUUAUUAAAUAUAAUAUCGAAUAUAUUUAUAAGAAUGGCAGAGUUAAUCACGAGCGCUGAUUGAUACUGCUACAAAAAGCUUGCAAAAAGUGACACAUUUAAAAUGUCUUGUACGUUUAAAUAUUUGACUCAAGAAGAAACACGUCGUCGUCGAGUGAAAUGUUAGCUACUCGAUCACAGAUGCGAGUCGGAUAACAAAAUAUUCUGUAUCGUUAUGUGUUAAGAAUUCAUGAGAUUGUAUUUGUGGGAAAAGAGAUAAAAAAAAUGAUAGU